CGCAUAUUGUCCCAAGCAUUAUGUUCGUCCUGCUCACUCUCUGUUGCCGAUGCACCGCCCCGCGCCAGUGCACACACGAAGGGAUGAAACGGAUCGAUCGCAAAGUUGCAUCGCGUCUCCUCGACGACGACGAGACGCAGGACAUUUUCCGCUUUGAAACGGCUGGUACCGUCGUCGCGUCGUUCCCGUCUCAUUAUUAUCGUCAUUGUUGUCAGUCGACUGGUGACUAGACUGUCGGUCGACGAUUGUGCAUCAUGUGUGAACACAAAAUUCACUUCGACGUCCUCUACUCCACGGAGUAAUUAAACGUCACGACAACGACAGCAAAGGUGACAGUGACGGCAACGGCAACGGCAACGGCAACGGUGAUGGCGACGGCGACGACGAUGACGAUGACGAUGACGGUAGCAGCGGCAACGGCGCGGCGGCGACGGCGACUAUGACGGCGUCCCGAUGUUGGCAGGCGCACCCGCACACUCUCCCUCGAUCGUCACAGGAGAAUGAGAGAAGAGCGACAGCAGUUUCAGUCGGCAUGCGGCGUCGCGACGCAAACCAACCCGCGUGCAACGCGCUAAAUGUAUAUUCACGUCUUCGGAACUUAGUUAAGCCGUUAAUUUUUCCCGAUACAAAUCGCUUUGACAAAUUGCUCGACUGUCGAAUGUUCGAGGCAGCCAAGGCAUUAAAUACGGCGGCACCGCGAUCUUUAAACCGGCGAGUCAAUCUUCUCUCAUCGGAUUUAUCCAUAAAAAUAAUGGAAUCAGGAUACAUAAUAAGGAAUAAUACAAGAAUCAUUGUGAAAAAUGUACCAAGUUUAGAUGCUUCGUCAGAAUGCAUCUGUUAUAGACCACAUUCCAAUGUUAUAUGCAAUGGUUGUGGAUUUUGGUCUAGAGGAAGAGUAAGAAACUCUUGUCCUCAACAUCCUAAGAUUGUUUUCUUACACGACUAUGAUCAAUGUCCACGCUGCAAGAGCUAUGACUUCAUGCUUACAGAGAUCUAAAGCUAACGUGAUUUUAGCCUUUUGAUUAUAGAUUACAGAUUUAAGGUUACAAAUUAGACAGGUUAAGUAUAGGUUAAGUAAGAUGAAAAGAUAAAAUAAUUAAAGAUUGCUAAAUGAUUUAUUUGUAUAAGACUGAUUACUGUAAUUUUACUCUAUUAAUCGAGUAAACGUAUGAAGAAUGAAAAAUACAUAAUAAAUAUUUUAAUUACGACAAUAGAUUUGUUUGGAAAAAACUAAAGUAUUUCACAUAGUUAUAACAAAUAAUAUUGAAAGAACACUUAUGAUAAUUGUCUAGAGUUAAGAUACCAAGAUGUUUGAUACCUAUAUAUGGAUGUUAAUUUUUUGUUUCAUUUAUGUUUAUUUUUAAUAUGAUACAAGAUAUUAGAAAUACUAAUACAUUGUUACAAUACUGAUAUUAUAAGAAAAUAUGUAUUAUAAAAAUUUAAAACUCUAAACUAACGAUUUAUCACAACUAUAAUAGUAAUAAAACAGUAAAAAAUAUUUUUCUGUAAAGUUGUAGAUUAAAAAAUAAGAAAUGAUACGUUGUCUCAAGAAAUUAAUACUACUUGAUACUUUAUUAUACUCUGUCAAAUGUAAAAACUGAUUUGGUUCUUUUUAUAUCUUCAAAUAAAGUUUCUAUCAAAUGUCAUACACAUGGAAGAUUGAUACAGCUUAGCCUUACAAAUGUAAUGCCAAAGCUGAUCAAAACAGCUUUCUAUUUUAAUAAAAUAAAAAUAUAAUUAUCUAA